AUGAAUUUUCAAGCAACUGAUUAUUUGAACGAUCUCAAUAUAGAUUUCGAAAACGUGUCUCCAAACACAGAGCACUCUACCAAUGAUUUGGAUUUGUUUAGUCAAUCUGAAUUUUUUGAUUUGGAUGUGUUUGCUAAGGAUACUACGGCGCCAACGAAGCAACAACAAUAUGCCAUAAAACAGGAACAAGACCAAGAUUUUGGAUUAUUAUUGAAUUUGGAAGAAUCAGAAGUGAGUCCUGUGAACCAGCAAUUUGAACAAGAACAAAGCAUAGAACAACAAACCCCUUCAGAUCCAUCCAUGGAAGACAAGAGGAAAAGAAACACAGCAGCUAGCGCUAGAUUUCGUAUCAAGAAGAAGAUGAAGGAACAGCAAAUGCAACAAAAAUCCAAGGAAUUACAAGACAGAGUGAUAGGGUUAGAAAAGAAAUUGAAAACCUUAGAAAUGGAAAACAAAUGCUUAAAGAACUUGAUAGUGAAACAAAACGAACAAAAAAAUAGCGAUUUGUUAGAAAAUAUCAAAAAAAGAUCCGUAGUUGAUACUUUUUCCACAUUCGAAUACACUAAAUAA